AUGGGCUAUCCGUGCCAAGUCUUCCACGCUUCAGAGCUUCCUGAGCGCGUGCAGAGUAAUCUAAGCGGCCGGAAGCGCAAGUUAGAUAAAGGGGUCAAUAAUGUCGAGCUCUCUGGAUGCGAACUUCUUGAGAUGUUGCAGUACAAGUGCGAAAUCAAAGAGCCUGUCAAGCCCGAUAGCCCUGUACAAUGCUUCGCGAUUGAGCGAUUGUUCCGGAAAUGUCAAGAUAAAAAGGGUUCUUUUAUGGUCGAGACAACGGCUUGGGAGGGCAAAGAGUAUCCUCCGUUGGGGCAGCAGAGUGAUGGAAAACACAGCAAAGACAGAACGCCCCCUCAACACUAUCACUGGUCAUCAAGUUGGCACGCACCAGACACAGCACGAUGA